CACCUGCACCUGCACCGCUUUCUCUACUUCUUCCUCUUCUCCUUCUUUCGUCGUAGCUCUCGCUCGCUUUCGAAGAAGGUUCCAUCUUCAAACCUAGAGAAAAUCCCCCACUGAAUUUCUUCUGAAUCUCUCUCUCUCUCUCUCUCUCUCUCUCUCUCUCUCUCUAUUGUAAUGCUACUUCUCUAGGCCCUCUUUCAAACCCCACACAAUCUCUUUUUCUUUUUGUUUCUCUGUGUGUGUGUGUGUGCGAGAAUUCUGAGAUGGAAGCGUUGCCCUUGGAAUCUCUGCCGAUAGGCUUCCGAUUCCGACCCACCGACGAGGAACUAGUGAAUCACUAUCUCCGCUCCAAGAUCAACGGCGAUAAUGGCGCCGUCAGCGUCAUUCGCGAGGUCGACGUCUGUAAAUACGAGCCUUCGGACUUGCCCGACAAGUCUCGGAUAAAGACGACCGACGACGAGUGGUUCUUCUUUUGCCCCAAAGAUCGGAAGUAUCAGAACGGUCAGCGAUUGAACCGGGCGACGGUGUCCGGCUACUGGAAAGCGACGGGGAAAGACCGGAUGGUCAAGUCUUUGAAGGGGAGGGCUGUGAUUGGGAUGAAGAAGACUUUGGUGUUCUAUACUGGACGUGCCCCGAAUGGGCAGAGGACCAAUUGGGUCAUUCACGAGUACCGCGCCACCUGUAAGGAGCUCGACGGCACGAAGCCGGGACAGGGUUCAUAUGUCCUCUGUAAACUAAUCAAGAAACAUGAUGAAAAGCUAGAUGGGAAAUCUAAAAAGGCAGUUGAAGAAAAGGUUGAUUCUCCUCCCACGGUUGAAUCAAAUACCGAGGAUGUGAAAUCGGAGCCAGUAACUCCUAUUCCGAGUGCCCAAGGAGAAAAGCUACCUUCUAGCAUUGACAGGGACCUCGUUGAACAUUUUGAUAGAAGACCUCAGGAUGCUCAACCUGAGUGGCCCAGCAGCAGCUCUGUUUCUGAUGAUUUAGCUUAUGAAACAGGAGAUAAAAAAAUCAUGCAGCCGGAUCCUGAGAUAGAAGAACUGCUGAAAAUGUUUAAAGUAACAUAUGGCGAUGACAAAAUCUUCUCCCCGUUACACACACACAUGCUGAUGGACCUUGAAGCUUCAUGUGGCUUACGUUAUCCUGACCCUAAUAAUGACACCGGACAUUGUCACGAGGGUCAGUAUGGCUCAAAUGAGGAGGAGAUGGACAAGUUCUUGGACUCGGUCUUAAUUUCAGAUGAGCAAUCCUAUGAAAAUUGUGACAAUUACACGAAUGGGGCCAUUGAAUUCAACACUCCUCAUAUUAAUCUUUUACAGAGGGUCUAUGUUAAUGAAACUGGAUCAUGCAGUGAGUCAGAGGCAGAGGUUGCUCAAGCCGAGUUUCCAGGUGAUUUUGAAGGUUAUGGACAAAUUCAGCAGAAUAUUGAGAGGGAGCCUCCUGUAUAUAUGACAAUGUCUGCAGGCACUCAUCAAUCUUCCUGUAUUAGCUAUGGGACUGACCAGAGAGUGCUGCAAAGCGAGUAUCUUGGACAGAAUUUUCUCACUGCUUCUUCAGCUAGUGCCCAAUUGUAUGCAAAUAGUCCUCAAGAAUCAACCAAUAAUAAUAGCAUUUCUGUUGAAAGUGAUGUUCUUGAAACUGGAAUCAGAAUAAGGACUCGACAACCUCCUAAUCGACCUAUUGCUCAAAUUUCUGAGCCACAGGGGAGUGCACCUAGGAGACUGCGGUUGCAGAAGAAGCUUCAAGUUGGUUCACUUUACUGCACCAGUUUUGAAGGAUUCAGCUCCAAUGAAAAAAAUGAUGAAGCAAAACUAACAGUGGCUAAGGCUGGAGAAGACCAAGAAGAGCUUGUUGCUACCGUUGCCACUGCUUCCAUCGUCGCCCAGGGCAUGUCCCUUUCCAAGUCCGCUAUUGAUGCAGAAGAAGUUGCUGGAGAGUCGAGUAUGAACAUGAAAUCAGGAAGCUGUUUUCCACCAGGCAGUGACAAGGGGGUUUCUUCUGCCGCACGCAAGAUCUCCUCAUCUGUGUAUUUGCUCAGUGUACUUGUGAUUCUAGGAUUGGCCGUUGCCCUUGUGGGCAUAUGUUAUACCUUUGAGUUUUGACAUCCAUGUUACAGUCGGCGAUUAGCCUUAGGUUGGACGAGGCCGAUUCAUGUUGUUUAUGCCCGUCUAUGACUAUGAACACCCUCUCUUCCUAGCUAGGCAGGUUUGUUGUGUCUGUAUAUAUGCGUCCUGUUAAGUUUUGUAUGCCACAGUUGGUGGACUUGUACCGAGAACUUUGUUUUGUUCUCUACAACUUAAGGGUAGGGGUUGCAAUUGAACCGAGCCAAGCUGAGUUUAUUAGGCUCGGCUCGAGAGUCAAUUUCUAAACUUGAGCUACAGUCGGCGAUUAGCCUUAGGUUAGACAGGCUGAUUCAUUUUGUUUAUGUCCGUCUAUGACUAUGAACACCUCUCUUCCUAGCUAGGCAGGUUUGUUAUGUCUGUAUAUAUUUGUCGAGUUUUGUAUGCGACAGUUGGUGGAUUUGUACAUUA